AUGAUACCCCAGGUCUAUGGGGCUGCCACUCCAAAACCACUAGUUGAGGUCGACGUUGUUGUUGUAGGAGGUGGAUUUUCAGGACUGAUGUCCGGGUAUAACCUACAACAAAGCGGCCUCAAGACUGUAGUGCUGGAGGCCAAAGAACAAAUUGGAGGGAGAUCGCGAUCUUUCCAACGGAAAAGCGGACCUGGUGUGAUCGAGUUAGGUGCUACUUGGAUCAAUAACAGGACGCAGCCAGAGGUCUUUGCAUUGACAGAGCAAUUCGGGUUGGAAACCGCGGAACAGUUUACCGAUGGCGAUACAGUCUUUCAAGGUGUGGAUGGAAAAUUGUCAAGGAUGCCUCCAGGUGCGCAAUCGAAUUCCGAAGACCCCAUAGAGGCGGUUCUCGAAGGAAAGGUCCUCACACUCAUUGCUGAAGCUGCUGAAGAGGUUGACAUUCGCGACUUUGAUAAGUUCCCAAAGAAGAAGGAUGUUUCCUUCGCCGACUGGGUCGCUCUGCAUGGCUUGUGGAAAUUUCCUCAUGUCCAGGGCGUAGUAACGGGUAUCACAACUUCUAUCGUUGGCCGUGCCCCAGAAGAAGUUGGCGCGCAUUACUUCUUGGAUUAUGUGAAGUCUGGUAACGGCCUCAUCAGCCUCCUGAGCGAGGGUGCGGAUGGUGCUCAGUCACUGAAGGUCAAGAAAGGAACCACUUCCAUUGCAACGAGCCUUGUCAACGCCAUGGAGAACGGCACUGUUCUCGUCAGUACUCCAGUCAAGAGCAUCAAGUCAUGCGAUGACGAUACUUCGAUCGUUACUACCAAAUCGGACCAAGCGUUCAAGACGAAGAAAGUCAUCAUUGCCAUCCCAACCAACAUGUACAAGGAUAUCGAAUUCGAUCCACCUCUUCCAAAGGAGAAGGGUACUCUUGUCUCCAGCACCAAGCCUGGUAUUUACGCCAAGUUGAUCCUUUCGUACUCGGAACCUUGGUGGCGCAACGCAGGAUUGGUUGGCAAAUUCACUUCAUUCGUCGGACCUAUCUGCUUCGGUUGGGACACAUCGGACCUUGCCGACUCCCAGUACAGCUUGGCUUUCUUCGUCUCUGGUGACAUUGCAGCUGAGUGGCAUGAGCUUCCUCAGCAAGAGAAGGAAGAUGCUAUCGUCGAGCACUUGGCAACUCUUGUCGGAGAAGAACUGGCUGAAAAUGCUCGUGAUGUCCUUGAGCUUAACUACGUUGAGUGGACAAAGGAAGAGUAUCUUGAAGGCGCUCCUACUAGUUCCAUGGGUCCCGGUCUCUUGCGCAAGUACGGAGCAGCUCUGAGAGAGCCAUACAGCAAUCUGCACUUUGGAGGAGGUGAAACAGCGUAUGAGUGGAAGGGAUAUCUCGAGGGGGCCAUUACAGCAGGAAAACGUGCAGCGCAGGAAGUUAUUGAUGACCUCGGCGCUGACAAGAAGGAAUAG